CGGCGUGGCAUUUUUUGUACCUCAAACUCCCCCGUUCCUUUUUUUUGGGUUAAUAACACGACACGUCCAAUCCCUCUGGACCACUUUCACUCACAAUUGUGUGAUCACAGAAACCCUCUGCACAAUGUUCUCACGAAGACUUGUAACGGCGGCGCGCCUUAUGCCCGUCAGCCAAGCAACCAGACAGCCGUUGCGCCGUUUCCCGCUACACAGGCAUUUCCAGCAUGUCCGCACAUACGCCGAUCAGGUUGUCAAGGUGCCUCAGAUGGCCGAGUCCAUUUCCGAGGGAACCCUGAAGCAAUUCACAAAGCAGGUUGGCGAUUAUGUUGAGCAGGAUGAGGAGCUUGCAACCAUUGAGACCGACAAGAUCGACGUUGCCGUCAAUGCCCCAGCGGCUGGCACUAUCAAGGAGCUGCUUGCAAGUGAGGAGGACACCGUCGUUGUUGGACAGGACCUCAUCAGGUUAGAACUUGGUGGUGCGCCGGCAGAGGGAGCUGAGAAGACGUCCGAAAAGCCUCAGGAGACGCAGGCAGAGAAGAAGCCCGAGCCCAAGGAGGAGUCAAAACCUGAGCCCACCAAGAAGGAGGAGCCUGCACCCCCUAAGAAGCAGGAGUCAGCUCCCCAGCCCGAGAAGAAGGAGACGAAGCAGCCUGCACAGGAGUCAUCCCCCGCUACACUGGGCAACCGUGAGGAGCGCAGGGUCAAGAUGAACCGCAUGCGCCUCCGUACCGCCGAACGCCUCAAGCAGUCUCAGAACACUGCUGCUUCCCUGACCACUUUCAACGAGGUUGACAUGUCUUCGCUGAUGGAGUUCAGGAAACUGUACAAGGACGAUGUCAUGAAGAAGACGGGUGUCAAGCUCGGAUUCAUGAGCGCUUUCUCGCGCGCUGCCGUCCUUGCCAUGCGUGACAUCCCUGCCGUCAAUGCCUCCAUCGAGGGCCCCAACGGCGGUGACACCAUUGUUUACCGCGACUACGUCGACAUCAGCCUUGCUGUUGCAACUGAGAAGGGUCUUGUUGUCCCUGUUGUGCGCAACACCGAGUCAAUGGACAUGAUCACAAUUGAGAAGUCGAUUGCUGAGAUGGGUGCCAAGGCCCGUGCCGGCAAGCUGACCAUUGAGGAUAUGGCCGGUGGUACUUUCACUAUCAGCAACGGUGGUGUCUUUGGUUCUCUCAUGGGCACUCCUAUUAUCAACCUUCCUCAGACCGCUGUCCUUGGUCUGCAUGCCAUCAAGGACCGGCCCGUGGCUGUCAAUGGCAAGAUUGAGAUUCGCCCAAUGAUGUACCUCGCCCUGACCUACGACCACCGCCUGCUUGACGGUAGGGAAGCCGUGUCGUUUUUGGUCAAGAUUAAGGAGUACAUCGAGGAUCCCCGCCGCAUGCUCCUGUAAUUUAUGGUCGCGAAUGUUUCUAGAGAAGUAAUAUCAUGUCAGAUGGGGUCCGGGAGAAGGUACAAUAAAAUUAGAACUGUACUAUAUUUAUAGCAAAGCAUGCUUGCCGGGCGGCAUACCUACGCACCGUCGUCGACCCUGGACAUGGGCCAUAAUGUCUCAUCUACUUCAAUUUGUUCUGAAAACUUUGGCCAUCUCGUAGCUCCAGAAUCAUUCUGUGCUCACAUGAAUAUACCUCGGCCAACCGAUCGGCUUGCAG